AUGUCGAAAUUGGCCACCACCACCACACGCUGGCUACCACCUGGCUGGAGUGUCCAUAAGGACAAAUGUGGGCGCACCUACUAUGCCAACUCCGACACCGGGAAGGUCCAGUGGCUGCCCCCGCCCACGGUGCAGAAGACUGCCUCGGAGGUGCGGACGCUGAUCAUCCAGCACAACUUCAAGGCUGCGGAUCGGGACAACAGCGGGGUGAUCAACAAGAGCGAGCUGGGCCUUAUGAUGCGGCGGAUCAACCCGGAGAUGACGGCCAAGGAGGUAGAAGACAUGCACAAGGCCAUGGACUCCGACCUGGAUGGAAAGGUCAGCUUCUCGGAGUUUCAUGACUGGAUCCUGGCGGAUGCGCAGCGGGGGCUGGCUGAGAAGCUGACGCACCUCAUGUCUUCGCCCGCGGGGGGAGUCCAUGCAACCUUCCGGAUCUGGGAUAUGGACAGCAAUGGGAAGCUAUCCAGGCAUGAGCUCGCAGAAGUUUUGCAGAAGUCGCUUCCUCACAUUUCACAGGUCCAACUGGAAGGCAUAUUCGAUGAGCUUGACAAAGAUAAGACUGGCCAGGUGACGGUCUCCGAGUUUAUGGGCUUUCUAUACGGCAGCGGAGCCGCGACCAGUUUCAGCAAGGCCUCGGUGGAGCGAAGGCCGGGCUGGGAGGAGGCGCCGGACAGCGACGCGGCGCGGAAAAUGGGCGCCACGCCGACGGCGCCGGCCCUGGCGGAGCGGAGGCCGCCGGCGCCGGCGCGGUGA